AUGGUGCGUUUGACUGAAGAUCAUAGGGGUCAGGCCAUUGCACUGCUAAUGCAAGGUCAAAGGCAACAACAGGUUGCAUUGCAGUUUGGGGUUAAUCUCUCUACGAUAGAACGUUUUGUUCGUCGUUUGAGAGAAACUGAGAGGAGACUGAUAGGUUUGGGGCAGGAUAACGCCCGAACUCAUGUAGCCAGAGUGUGCCAAGACUUUCUAGCAAACAAUAACAUUCAAACACUUGACUGGCCCCCAUACAGUCCAGAUUUGUCCCCAAUCGAACAUCUGUGGGACGAACUGGACAGGAGGAAUUCUAAAAGGGAGGAGGAAAAGAAUGAACACAACACGUCACUGAGUCGUAAAAAGUAUAGGGAGGAAAUCAAACAACACAAUGGUGACGUCCAGCUCACCCGAUACAGUAAAUUACCAAUGGAAGAGAUUGCCAACAAACUUACCGUGGACAAAAAGGAUGAUAUUAAUGUCAAACUGAACAAUGACCUUCAGUCUAAUGUCAAGGUCAGCCAGAUGGCGGAGAUUCUGGUGUCAAAGUUCAAACAAGGCUUGGAGCCACCAGUUAAACAAAAAGUGAAAACAACAGGUGUUCUUUUGGCUGCCCAGCCAGAGAGCGAGAUCUGCUAUUUCUGUAAGAAACGUGUGUACAUCAUGGAGAGAAUGUGUGCUGAGGGCAUCUUCUUCCACCGGGGCUGUCUCAAGUGUGAUUUUUGUGAAUGUGGACUGAGAGUCAAUAACUACAGCUGUGACAAGCUAGCAGGAAGUGAGGUGAAGUUCUACUGUUUCCGCCAUUCUAAGCCUGAGAUGAGAUUAGGUCGAGCCAAGAGAAAACGAGCGUUUGAAGAGGACACAUCAAAA